AGAGAGAUCCCAAUCCCUAUAUAAAGCGGUUGUUGGCGGCUUGGACUCAUAAAUCAAGUCCGAAUUGUUCCGACAGCAGUAAUCUGAUUCCAAACUGACAAGAUGCAGAUCAAGUUCCUGUACUUUUUCCUGGCAGUGAUGACCAUCUUCAUCCUGGGCGCCAAGGAAGCCGAUGCCGACUGUCUCUCCGGAAGAUACGGAGGACCGUGUGCCGUCUGGGACAACGACACCUGCCGUCGUGUGUGCAAAGAGGAAGGACGAUCUAGUGGCCAUUGCAGUCCCAGCCUGAAGUGCUGGUGCGAGGGAUGCUAAGCCAUCCUCCAAGGCUCGUUGCUCUAAAUUGCCGGAAAACUACUAAAUCUUAUAGUGUGUAAAAUCGGUUAAUAACUAAAUAAACAAAUUAUUGCAACGCAACUAAACGCUA